CUCUUCCCAAAUAUUGUUGAUGGAGAAGGUAACUGGCUGGAGUUCAUGGUUUGGCAAGAGGAAAAGAACACUGAACCCAGAGCAAACAAGGGAAGACUUCGUGAAAUGAAGACUGAUAUAGCAGCAAACGACUUUUUCCUAAAAGUCAUGGCAGUGCUGCUGUUGUUGGCUCUGGUGUGCCCAACCUUGGCCUCUUCUACACCGUUGUCAGCAGUGGAAUCGUGCGGGCCAGAGGUGGCAGCUCUCAAGCGCAGCAUAAGGAAACUGGAGAAUAAACUCUUGAUCGGGAAUUGGCAGGUUGAGCACUUGCAGAUGCACAAAUACAUCCGGCCAUUUCAACCUGCUUCGGCUAAUACUAAACCUGAAACUGACACAGUCACUGUUGUGAACCACAACAGCAGUGGGGCAUUAGACAGCUCUGAUAUGACACAGAUUAAACCACUUCCACCUGGAGGCAGUUUGAUUGUCUAUGACAAAGACUGCUCUGAGCUGUUUGACAGACUGAGACCACCAAGCGGUUACUACCGCAUCAGACCCAAAUUACACCAGGAACCUUUUUUGGCCUACUGUGACAUGGAGGAUGGAGCAGGCUGGACGGUGUUUCAGAGACGUCGGCAUGGAAAAGUUGACUUCAACAGAGACUGGGUAGACUACAGAGAUGGCUUUGGUGACUUCAAACUGUGGAAUGAUGAGUUUUGGUUGGGGAAUGAGCACAUGUAUUCCCUACUCUCAGAAGGUAAGAACCUGGUGAAGAUAGAUCUAAUGGACUGGGAUGGACAGAGAAGUUAUGCAUUUUAUGAGAACUUCAAGAUCUCCGAUGAGGCCGAUAAGUAUCGUCUCCAGUAUGGGCCGUAUAGUGGGAAAGCUGGAGAUGCUCUGACUGGUGGUGGGGGGAUGGUGGAGCAGUGGUCUGCUUGCCUCAGCGGGAUGCAGUUCAGCACCAGAGAUCAGGACAAUGACCGCUACCUUCAGGGCAGCUGUGCUGAGGAGAAUAAGGCAGGUUGGUGGUUCAACAGAUGUCAUGCAGCCAACCUAAAUGGGAAGUUCUACCGCAAAGGGAAGUACAAGGGCCUGCAUGACGAUGGGGUGGUGUGGGGGACCUGGAAAGGCCUUUGGUAUUCCCUCAGACACACCACCAUGAAGGUGCGGCCUCUGGUUUUCUUGGACGUCGCAGGCAGUGGAGCAGGGGAAAUGUAA